AUGGCGCACGCUGGCGGCGGCGGCAGCGGCGGCGGCGGCCCCGCGGGCAGGGGACUGAGCGGCGCCCGCUGGGGUCGCUCGGGCUCCGCGGGCCACGAGAAGCUGCCCGUGCACGUGGAGGACGCCCUCACCUACCUGGACCAGGUGAAGAUUCGCUUCGGCAGCGACCCCGCAACCUACAACGGCUUCCUGGAGAUCAUGAAGGAGUUCAAAAGCCAGAGCAUCGAUACUCCCGGAGUCAUCCGACGCGUGUCGCAGCUAUUCCACGAACACCCUGACCUCAUUGUUGGAUUCAACGCCUUCCUUCCCCUCGGGUACCGAAUAGACAUUCCCAAGAAUGGCAAGUUAAACAUACAGUCGCCUCUGUCAAGCCAGGAGAAUUCGCACAACCACAGCGACUGCACGGAGAACUUCAAGCAGCAGAUGCUGUACAAGGAGGACAAAGCCCAGGUGCCCUUGGAGUCAGAUUCCGUGGAGUUCAACAACGCCAUCAGCUACGUGAACAAGAUUAAGACCCGUUUUCUAGACCACCCGGAGAUCUAUAGAUCGUUCUUGGAGAUCUUGCACACUUACCAGAAGGAGCAGCUGAGCACGAAGGGCCGGCCAUUCCGAGGCAUGUCCGAGGAGGAGGUGUUCACCGAGGUGGCCAAUCUCUUCCGGGGCCAGGAGGACCUGCUGUCCGAGUUUGGACAGUUCCUGCCUGAAGCCAAGCGCUCCCUGUUCACAGGAAAUGGACCAUGCGAAAUGAACAGCGUCCAGAAGAGUGAGCAUGAGAAGAAUCUGGAACACAGCAAAAAGCGCUCUCGGCCCUCGCUCCUCCGUCCGGUGUCUGCACCAGCCAAGAAGAAAAUGAAACUCCGAGGUACCAAAGACCUGUCCAUCGCUGCCGUGGGCAAGUAUGGCACGCUGCAGGAGUUCUCCUUCUUUGACAAGGUUCGCAGGGUGCUGAAGAGCCAGGAGGUCUACGAGAACUUCCUUCGCUGCAUCGCACUCUUCAACCAGGAGCUCGUGUCCGGCUCUGAGCUCCUCCAGCUCGUCAGCCCGUUUCUCGGGAAAUUUCCAGAACUCUUUGCACAGUUCAAGUCCUUCCUGGGGGUAAAGGAGCUGUCAUUCGCCCCGCCCAUGAGCGACAGAUCCGGGGAUGGAAUCAGCCGGGAAAUUGACUACGCGUCUUGCAAACGCAUUGGAUCCAGCUACCGAGCGCUCCCCAAAACCUACCAGCAGCCCAAGUGCAGUGGGAGGACGGCCAUCUGCAAGGAGGUGCUGAAUGACACCUGGGUCUCCUUCCCCUCCUGGUCAGAGGACUCCACUUUUGUCAGUUCCAAGAAGACCCCCUACGAGGAGCAGCUGCACCGCUGUGAGGACGAGCGUUUCGAGUUAGAUGUCGUCCUGGAGACCAACCUGGCCACGAUCCGUGUGUUGGAAAGUGUGCAGAAGAAGCUUUCCCGGAUGGCGCCUGAGGACCAGGAGAAGUUCCGGCUGGAUGACUGUCUGGGGGGCACGUCGGAGGUGAUCCAGCGCCGUGCCAUCCACCGUAUUUAUGGCGACAAGGCUCCAGAGAUCAUCGAGAGCCUCAAGAAGAACCCUGUCACUGCUGUCCCUGUCGUCCUGAAAAGGCUGAAGGCCAAGGAGGAGGAGUGGCGGGAGGCCCAGCAGGGCUUCAACAAGAUCUGGCGGGAGCAGUACGAGAAGGCAUAUCUCAAGUCCCUGGACCAUCAGGCCGUGAACUUCAAACAGAACGACACCAAGGCCCUCCGCUCCAAGAGCUUGCUCAAUGAGAUCGAGAGUGUCUACGACGAGCACCAGGAGCAGCACUCGGAGGGCCGUAGCGCCCCCUCCAGCGAGCCGCACCUCAUCUUCGUGUACGAGGACAGGCAGAUCCUCGAGGACGCCGCCGCCCUCAUCAGCUACUACGUGAAGCGGCAGCCGGCCAUCCAGAAGGAGGACCAGGGCACCAUCCACCAGCUGGUGCACCAGUUCGUGCCCAGCCUCUUCUUCUCCCAGCAGCUGGACCUGGGGGCGUCCGAGGACUCCGCCGACGAGGGCCGGGGCAGCCCCCAGGGCCAGAGCGCGGAGCCUGGUGACCGGAAGAAGCCGGCGCCCGGGCCGCAGAGCAGUCCCCCGGAGGAGAAGGGGGCCGCGGGCGAGGCGCCCGCCCCCGAGCAGGCGCCGCAGCGGCACAAGCCCCUGGACGACGUGUACAGCCUCUUCUUCGCCAACAACAACUGGUACUUCUUCCUGCGCCUGCACCAGACCCUGUGCUCCCGGCUGCUCAAGAUCUACCGCCAGGCGCAGAAGCAGCUGCUGGAGUAUCGGACGGAGAAGGAGAGGGAGAAGGUGCUGUGUGAGGGCCGCCGGGAGAAGGGCAACGACCCCGCCAUGGAGCUGCGGCUGAAGCAGCCAAGCGAGGUGGAGCUGGAGGAGUACUACCCCGCCUUCCUGGACAUGGUGCGGAGCCUGCUGGAGGGCAGCAUCGACCCCACGCAGUACGAGGACACCCUGCGCGAGAUGUUCACCAUCCACGCCUACGUGGGCUUCACCAUGGACAAGCUGGUGCAGAGCAUCGCCAGGCAGCUGCACCACCUCGUGAGUGACGACGUCUGUCUGAAGGUGGUGGAGCUCUACCUGAACGAGAAGAAGCGGGGCGCCGCGGGGGGGAACCUGUCCUCUCGCUGUGUCCGUGCCUCCAGGGAGACCAGCUACCAGUGGAAGGCCGAACGGUGCAUGGCUGACGAGAACUGCUUCAAGGUCAUGUUCCUGCAGCGCACAGGGCAGGUGGUCAUGACCAUCGAGCUUCUGGACACCGAGGAGGCCCAGACGGAGGACCCCGUGGAGGUCCAGCACCUGGCUCGGUACGUGGAGCAGUACGUGGGGACCGAGGGGGCGUCCAGCUCGCCCACCGAGGGCUUCCUCCUGAAGCCCGUGUUCCUGCAGAGGAACCUCAAGAAGUUCCGCAGGUGGCAGUGUGAGCAGGUGCGCGCCCUGCGCGGCGAGGCCAAGACCUCCUGGAAGCGGCUGGUCGGGGUGGAGAGCGCCUGCAACGUGGACUGCCGCUUCAAGCUCAGCACCCACAAGAUGAUGUUCAUCGUCAACUCCGAGGACUACAUGUACCGCCGCGGGACCCUCUGCCGGGCCAAGCAGGUGCAGCCCCUGGUUCUGCUGCGGCACCACCAGCACUUCGAGGAGUGGCACGGCCGCUGGCUGGAGGACAACGUGACGGUGGAGGCGGCCGGCCUGGUGCAGGACUGGCUGAUGGGCGAGGAGGACGAGGACAUGGUGCCCUGCAAGACGCUGUGUGAGACGGCGCACGUGCACGGCCUGCCCGUGACCCGCUACCGAGUGCAGUACAGCCGCCGCCCCGCCUCCCCCUGACUCGCUGCGUGGGCGCCGUGACCCGCGGCUUGGCGCGGCCACUCCCUCGGCCCGGGUGUCCCUCGGGGGCACACUGAUGAACGACCUGAGGGGGCCGAGCGUCCCUCAGCCUUGCUGCUACAGGCCACGAGCUCCGGAGAAGGGCGGGGUUGUGCCAGCUCGUGGCCCCGAGCUGCCGUCCCUCUGGCUCCCCUGCUUCCUUUGGGCCCGUUCUGUGCCAAACCCGAACCCUUCCUGCACCCGAACUCUGGGGGCUCAGUCCCUGCUGGAAGGGGGAAGAUCGACACGCCGGCCAGGGAGGAAGUGAUUGCGCUGAUGCACCUGCUGGACCGCCUUCCAUCACACGUGCCAAAUCCCCAGGCGGGGGGGCACCUCCGGUCCUUUGUCCCUAUGGCGUCUGGGAGAGUCAGCGAUGAACCUGAACCGUGCCGGGCGUGUGGGGUGGGGGGAGGGAGUCGGCGUUCAGGAGACCCCAGCAUCGAAGGAGUUGGGCCUGGGCGGACCUGCUUGAAAAGCAUGUCCUUCCUGAAUGGUUCUGAGAACUUCUGGAAACUUCCUAAGCUGGGCCAUGCCUGCAUCUGAUAGUUUGGGCACGGGCUCGGCCCGGCUGAGGCUUGGGGUCCUUGGUCACUCUGAGACCAGGAAGAGCCCUUUCAGCCAAACCGUUGAGAUCCUGCUUUGACGUCAAGAUGCGGAGUGGGCAGGUGGCACCAGAACUGUCUGGAAGAACCCACUCUGGAAAAAAUGAGACUCCAGACCCUGUGUUGUCCUGGUGGCCACACUGCGGGCUCUUGAGGGGCUCAACCUGCAACUCCCACCGGGCUCACGUGGCCCCACACCUGGGGUGCGGUCCUGUACCUAGGAUGGCCCUUCUAGAAAUAUAUAUAUGCACACACGUAUUUAUUCAUAAGCUCUCUUAGUGGUUGUAACUUCUGCAGUCAGCCGCGUCCCACCGUUUCUUGGGCAGUAGAACCCUCCUCGUGGAAUUCUGCAGUUGUGCCCGUAACGCUGCUGCCCUACCUGCGGCCACCUCCGGGAGAGGGUGUGGGCGCGAGGGGCUGAGGCAGCCAUCCUGCAGAGGCGUCCAAGGCCUUCUGUGCCGCGAAUGCCGAGCGGUUCGGGCUGGAGACCAGCUCUUUAAAAUCCUUGCACCGUGAGGAGCCCUGGCCGGGCUCCCGGCACCAUCAGAGUGGGAUCAACCAACGGGGGCCCGGAACCGUCUCCUUGUGGCCUCGUUUCUGCCCGGCGGCAGCCCUCACCCCCUAAAACUGCGCUGUGCCAAAUCCGCCAUUCUGGGAAGUGGAGAUGUGUUUCUAGAAGUUUCUAGAAGUUACCUGUGGAACUCAAGGUUUGCAAAGCCUCUGACUCGGGGCCUGGGCGAGUCCAAGGCCGGUGUGUCUGCCCAGGGUCUCCCAGCCCGUGUUUGCUCAAGUGUGCCAGGCACUUUGUCCACAUCCUUGUUUUUUGUAAGAAGGGAACUUUCGGAAUUCCUGAACCAGACCCUCUCGGCAGCCAUCCUCCCCGGGAGCCCGCGGCCCCUUCCGUGCCUCCGCGUGGGCCUGGGGUGCGGGCCAGACCCCACCGAGCCCCACCCUGCAUGCUUCUAGGGAGCGUCUCUUCUGUUUUUGAAGAAUUUCUCUUCUGGGGCUUGUACUUCCUUUGCAGCUGUUUUGAAUGUAGUUUUCCUUUUCUAUUUAUUUGCACAUUAAAGUUAAAUAUUAAAUAUUGACCUAAA